AAAUACAAUACCUGUGUAGGAGACAAGGGAACGCAGCUUUCUGGUGGCCAGAAACAACGUAUUGCUAUUGCCCGAGCUCUUGUACGUCAGCCCCAAAUUCUGCUACUGGAUGAAGCUACUUCUGCCUUAGACACAGAAAGUGAAAAGAUUGUUCAGGAAGCACUGGAUAAAGCCAGAAAAGGUCGUACCUGCAUUGUGAUAGCUCACCGCCUUUCCACCAUCCAAAAUGCUGACAAGAUUGCAGUGGUCCAGAAUGGCAAGGUUGUAGAGCAAGGCACCCAUCAGCAGCUUCUCGCUGAAAAAGGCAUCUACUAUUCUCUGGUCAAUGUUCAAAAU